AACAUUGACAACAACCCAAUGUUGGUGUUGCGAAUUUUUGGCGAUUGGGAGUUAUCUGAUAUAUUCUUUGUUGUUUUUAUUUAAUUCCGUGGUACGAUUAAUUAAUUUCGAAAACCGUCAAAUGGAAACCGACGCGCACAUGAUGUCACAACAGUAUGCACAAGCUCCUCAACCAACACCAAUACAACACCCGCCAGCUCCUCAACCAACCAGAGAAAUGCAACAAACCACUGCACCAACAUCAGCUGAUGCCUGUUUGAGUAUAGUACACAGUUUAAUGUGCCAUCGACAGGGAUGGGAAAGCGAAGGAUUUGCCAAACGAGCCAUUGAGUCACUGGUUAAAAAGUUAAAGGAAAAAAGAGAUGAAUUAGAUAGUCUUAUUCUAGCUAUAACCACAAAUGGUUCACAUCCGAGAAAAUGUGUUACAAUUCAAAGAACAUUAGAUGGACGAUUACAGGUUGCUGGGCGUAAAGGUUUUCCACAUGUUAUAUACGCAAGAAUCUGGCGAUGGCCAGAUUUACAUAAAAAUGAACUCAAGCACUUAAAGUACUGUCAGUAUGCUUUUGACUUAAAAUGUGAUUCUGUGUGUGUUAAUCCUUAUCAUUAUGAACGAGUUGUAUCACCAGGCAUAGAUUUAAGUGGUCUAACACUGCAAAGUGGUACAUCUACUAAUGGUUCUGGCCGAAUAAUUGGCUUAAGAGAUGAGUAUACAGCUGGUGGGGGAGGAAUGUCUCCCUCGCCACCUGGUUCUAGUCAAGUUAGCAGUUCCAAUAUGGACAGUGAUGUAUCUGGAAACAGCCCAGCUGUGACUGUACAACAUCACUUACCUCCUUUAUAUCACCAACAAAAUUCAGCCACUGAUGUAUCUCAACAACCAACUGUCCCUCAAGCUGCUGGAGAUAUUGGUAUGUUUCGACCUACACUACAGCAGCAACAACGUCCUAGUCAUCAAAUUGGUAUAAAUUCUCAAGUACAGGUUAAGACUGAAUCAUGUAACAAUUGGAUGCCGGGUACACCAUCACACAUACCCCCCAAUAGACCACCAAACAUGCCAUUACAAAAUCCCAGUAUGUUCCCAGGACAAGAGGAAGAAAAUUUAUUACCUAGUCAAACAAUGACACCUCAUGAUUAUCAAGGACCUGCCACCCCGAUGCCUGGCACAACAACAGGUAAUCGGCCAGUACAAAGCACACUUACUUAUACACAUUCAAUGCAACCACCACAUCCAACAUUUUGGGGGGUGUCUGAAAUGGGACUGAGUGGUUUAUUAUCAUCUCAGCCAGCUCCUGAGUAUUGGUGUUCAAUUGCUUACUUUGAAUUAGAUACUCAAGUUGGAGAAACAUUUAAGGUUACGUCUACUUGCCCUCAUGUCACCGUUGAUGGUUAUGUUGAUCCCUCUGGAAGUAAUCGAUUUUGUUUAGGAGCUCUUAGUAAUGUUCAUAGAACAGAACAAAGUGAAAAAGCUAGAUUGCAUAUUGGGAAAGGUAUCCAACUAGAUCUGAUUGGAGAAGGAGAUGUAUGGUUAAAAUGUCAGAGUGAUCAUUCAGUUUUUGUGCAGUCAUAUUAUUUAGAUAGAGAAGCUGGUCGAGCACCAGGAGAUGCAGUCCAUAAAAUUUAUCCUCAUGCAUACAUUAAAGUUUUUGAUCUUAGACAGUGUUAUCGACAAAUGCAUCAACAAGCCGAAAAAGCUCAAAAUGCAGCUGCUGCACAAGCAGCUGCAGUCGCAGGACACCUUGCAGGACCACAUAGUGUGGGAGGUAUUGCUCCAGCUAUAAGCUUGAGUGCUGCAGCAGGUAUUGGAGUAGACGAUUUAAGAAGAUUGUGCAUAUUAAGAUUAAGUUUUGUAAAAGGUUGGGGUCCCGACUAUCGACGAAGUAGCAUUAAAGAGACUCCAUGCUGGAUAGAAGUUCAUUUACAUCGAGCAUUACAACUUUUGGAUGAAGUGUUACACUCAAUGCAAAUAGAUGGUCCAUCAAGAGCUUGACUUAACCAGAAACUCAAAAUGUUCAAACGUAGUAACUAAUAAGUUAUGUUUAAGAAAAAAUGGUUACUUGUUGUUUGGUAAAACAACAUUGAUUUUUCAUGUUUUUGUGUUUAUCAAACAUCACAUGUUUUACUACUAAGGGCCUUUGUAAAAAUUGUUCAGUUUUUCCUGUAUACAUUUAUUUUGUUUAUUUUUUUUAACAUAAUAACUGUUUAUAAUCAAACGAGUCCUAAAUAUUUUUAAAUUUCAUAAAUAUCUAAGGCUACAAUAAACAUCUACCUAAAGUGUAAAGGAACAGGUUUCCAUUAAUAUGAGUUAUGACUAUAUAUUUAUUUACCUACAACUUAAUUUUGAGCCAUUGUUUUAUUUUAAUUUAUUUUAUUUUACUAAAAAGCAAAUAUAAAGAUAUUUUAUACUUGUAUUUAAAUACUCAAUCCUAUGUUGCUUGUUACAUUUAUAGAAACCAGUAUUUUUUCUAUUUAUAAAUUUUGACGACUUAGAAAGUUAAAAAAAAUUU